CCUCUGAGAACCUGUAAAAGGUGAUAUCAUUAUUCAAAAUUUUCAUUUUAGAUGUAUAUGUUUGAAUGUACUUUUUAAUUUAGUGAAAUUUGGAUUUGGUUGUUUGGAUUUAUAAACUACAUGAUCCCUUCUCAGGAAAAACAAAAAAAUGCUUGCUGAAUGUAUGGCAAACACCCCAGAAGGGUUCUCAGACAUCCAAAGCGGCCCGUGCAGGGGUCCAAUGUCUCUUCCUCCGAAAGGUCCUUCUCAAGCUCUAUACUGUGGUCCAAUAUCCUCUGAAAAACAGGACAAUGUGCCAAAAUCUUGUUUCACAGAUAUUUUGUAUGAGGAGCCACCACCUUGGCUUGAGGAUCUCCUAAAUGAGCCAGAGAGUCCGAUUAAUAGAACUCAUCGACGUUCUGCAAGUGACUCUUCUGCAUACUUUGCUGUAGAUAAUAGCGCGGAUGAGUUAUGGUUGAGGAACAUUAUUGGGGCACUUUCUUGUAGUAACCAAAUGCCCCACAAUUUCAAUGGGAUUCCUCAAGCUUCAUUUAACACCGAGAAGUCAAAUUCUGCGAUUACAAGUAAUAAGCAACAGCAAGAUAAGUUGGGGAAAUCACCCUCAACUUCUACUCCUCCAUCAUUACCAAAUGGCCUCAUAAAUGCUAAGGAAGAUGCUGAUUGUCAAGCCUUAGGUAUGUCUUGUUCACCUGAACCAGAUAUUAUAAAAUCUGUAGGGAGUAAACCAGAAAUGGAAAAUUCAUCUGGUGGAGGAAGCGACUGCUCUCACUUGAAACCACCUGCCACGUUGAAUACUGAUGCAAAACGUAGACAGCAUAAUGCUCGAAGGUCACGUGUCAGGAAGCUUCAAUAUAUUGCAGAAUUGGAGAGAAAUGCCCAAGUUUUGCAGGCAGCAGGAGCUGAAGUAUCAGCGCAGCUAGAAUUCCUCGACCAGCAAAAUCUUAUACUUGGUAUGGAGAAUAGAGCAUUAAAACAACGGUUAGAGAGUUUGUCGCAGGAGCAUUACAUAAAAUCAAUGGAACAGGAAAUCUUAGACAAAGAACUUGCUAGGCUUCAGUACUUGUACCAGCUCCAGCGAAAUUUGAGCCAUAAUCAGCAACGACCACGACAGAAGCAGAAUCCUGCAGUUCAUCGUCGUGGCAAGAGUUAUAAUGACGUUGAUUCUCAGCUUUCCAAGCUCAGUUUACACCCUCCAAAAACUGUUGCUCCCAGCAACGCGGCCCUUGAGUAAAUGCUCUAGACCCUUAUCUUUUUCUGUAUGUAUAGCUCUUGUGGUUCUACAAGCUUCAGUUUGUUAAUUAGUUUUAGGUAUAGCCCGUGUCCAUUUGCCUGUGCAAAUCAUUGAAGAUCUCCUACAAACCUAAUUUACAGUAGUUCAGAUUCUGAGGGAAGGAGAACAUAUUCGAGUUAAGUGCUAUUAUAUAUUUACUUGUGUAAUUAUUCUCCUAGUACAUUGUAUUAUUUAAAAGGAUGAUUUAUUAUGUUACUAUUGUAUAAAGUAUGUUGUGUGCUUGGCUUCAUUUUUAAGCUGAGAAUAAUUGUCUAGUCACAAUAAAUUUCAUUUCAACAGCUUGUAGCGAAAACUUGCAUUCAAAUGUGCUAUUAGUUGAGGUUAUCUAAAAAUUCCUCAUAUGAGCCCCCAUCCACAAACUUCUUCCUAAUCUCAUUAAUCGGACGAGGAAAUCGAUCUCUUGCACAUAAAUUUUUGGCACCAAAUGAGAUGUUGCAUCCUACAACCCUAGCUCGCAGAAUUAUAUUUACAUAUUUGGCCUAAUUAUAUGACCUUGGACAAAGUAACACCACAAAAUUCUAUUAAACAAUUUGAUUUAAGAGGGUCUAGAAUGAAUUUGACAUACCCCGUAUGUAAACUUUAAUUUC